AUGAGUAGCCCACGCCGCAGAAUCGAGACUGAUGUCAUGAAGCUUAUGAGUGACUACGAAGUUACACUUGUCAAUGACAACAUUCCACUUUCACCGACUCCGACCUAUUUCCUGACCGAUCCUCUUAGGCAAGAGUUCUUUGUUCGCUUCAAAGGACCAGCUGAGACUCCAUUUGAGGGCGGAAUGUGGAAGGUUCAUGUCGAGCUUCCCGACACCUACCCUUACAAGUCCCCUAGCAUUGGCUUUGUCAACCGCAUCUUCCACCCCAAUAUCGACGAGCUGUCCGGGUCGGUCUGUCUCGAUGUUAUUAACCAGACUUGGUCGCCCAUGUUUGAUAUGAUCAACAUUUUCGAGGUUUUCCUUCCUCAACUCCUGCGAUACCCCAACCCUACCGACCCCCUCAACGGUGAGGCGGCGGCCUUAUUGAUCAGAGAACCAAAGAGCUAUGAUGCCAAGGUCAAAGAAUAUGUCCAGAAAUAUGCUUCCAAAGAUGCAGCAGACGAAGCCGGAGCCGAAAGCGAAGACGAUGACGAACUCUCCUCAGUUGCCAGUUUCGGGGACGACGAUGACGAGCCUGCGGGACAGAUGGAUGAUGUAUAAGCCCUUCUACAAGCGCAUUAACUUGGGCGAGCGUUUCGAUUCACAUAUGGCGUCAUGGGACCGAGGCACGGAUUUAGGGCUAUCAUUGGACGGAGUUGCAGUAACCUCGCGCAGGCUUGGACUCGGAUCGAAUUUGUUUCUUGGCAUUAGUUUGGCAUGUUGCAUACAAAGCUUCGCUUGUGCUCAUCGGAGGGCGGUCGAACGGAAUAGCCGCAACUGGAUGUCAUGAUUGCUGGUGAUAGGCCUGGCCGUCAGGACCUCGAAGGCAGUUUGGACAUGAUGGUUGGCCUUUCGUUCUCUGCCAACGAUGCACAGCAGAGGGACAAGACUUUGAAUAUUAAAUCAAUAAAUUGGGCUGAGCCCGGGUAUCAUAUCUAUAAU